AAUAAUAUUUCCAACAAGUAACUAGUAACAACUCAAAUCUAAAAAAUGCGCGCCUUCAUUGUCCUGUGCUUAGUGGCUGCAGCCUCCGCUGAUAAGUUGGGCUACAACUAUCGCCCAGUGGGUCACUCCGACUCCGGACUCUCAUUUGCACCAGGUGGCUCCUCAGGACUCGGUGGUCUUGGUGGAUUGGGUGGCUCUGGAGGACUGGGUGGAUUAGGUAGCGAUGGUAGCCUUGGUGGAUUAGGCGGCGGUCUCGGUGGGCUCGGUGGUUCAAGUGGUGGUUUGGGUGGUCUUGGUGGACUCGGUGGUUCAAGCGGCGGUUUGGGUGGUCUUGGCGGUUCAGGUGAUAUCGGUAACUCCGGCAGCGUAGGACCAUCAUACUCAGCUCCCGCAGGUCCCGCUGAAUUCAAUAAGGAAUUCUUCUCCUACACCGCUCCCGAUGGCGAAUUCGAUGAUGCUGAUGCCGGUCAAGAUGUUGCCAACUUACUGAAAAAGAACCUCCGUGUUGUUUUCAUUAAGGGACCUGAAAACCGUGGACUCGAAAACGCUGCCCUUCAAUUGGCUAAACAUGCUGCUGAAGACCAAACCGCCAUCUAUGUUUUGCAGAAACAAAGCGAUAUCGGAGAUUUGGCCAAGAAACUCAACUCUAUCAACAGCCAAAGCGCACACAAACCCGAAGUACACUUCGUCAAAUACCGCACACCUGAGGAUGCUGCCAACGCUCAACGUGCUAUCCAAUCGCAAUACGACCAAUUGGGCGGUAACUCCCAAGCUCAUGAUGGUGGUGUUGCCCCAGUGCACAACUUUGCUUCCCAAGCUCCAGUUCAAGCACCCGAAGUGCAUGCUCCCCGCAACUCCUACUUGCCCUCUUCCAUCAUCCGUGUUUAAGUAGAAACGUCAUAAAACCAAAUCACAUUUGUUAUCUAUUUUGUCUAAUUGAAAGAACUGAUUUGUUAAGUUUGUUUUACGAAACGUUUGAACCAAGUUACGAAUAUGGACUACGCUUAUUAUUGUUAUUGUUGCUAAAUUUAAAUAUAUAUAAAAUUACG